UUUAGCAUCACCCACUCCACCUACCAUUUGGGAUACAUUUCAAAUUCCCAACACAAUUCAGAGACACAACAGGGAAAAAUAAUACAACUUUCGGUUGCAGAUGAAGCGCAUCCACGUGGACAACUAUGCGCCCAAGUACUACAGCGGCAAAUGGUCCUGGGACACAAAGAAGGACGAGCUACACUUUGAGCCGCACAACGAUCUGGAGGAUGCCAGGGAGCGAUAUAUCACCACGAAUACCUUCAUGUUCAUGCGCACCAUGAACCAGGAGGAGGAGCUGAUCUUUCGCCAGGAAUUCGUUCGACCUGAGAGUAGCUUCGACAACGACACAGUCGUCAUAUACGACAUACGCGAUCUGGUGCUCUUUCUGAUGCCCAGUGAGUUCCUAACGUUCAAAUUUGUUGAGUUUAUGCACAGACCGGCGGUCUAUCGGCUGCUCCAUUCGCUGACCAUCUACUUUGAGUACUACCUCCGGAUGGUGGAGUUCGUGCUGAUCCGCCGCGAUGAGCUCUCCGGCCAAAUGGCCCAAGUGCAGAGCGAGCAAACGAACGACAUGAAGCGGGUGUUCUCCGUGUAUCUAAGUCAAUAUCGGAUGUUGGUGGCCCGCAACUACAGUGUCAUCAUAAAGGGUGAGGGCGCCAUGGGCAAGUACUACCACAUGAAGGAGAUCGUCAACAUUUCGGCCACCAUUUGGGACAAGAACUUCCACGAGCAGUUCCUCGCGUGCAGCACCCAGAUCGUGUGGAUUGCGAUGCACCGCAGGGCCUACAAUAUCAUCGAAAUGGAGAUGAAUCGUCUGUUUCGCUCCGAGCACUUUGUGACGAGUCGUCCGGAGUAUCUGAGCUUCACGCCCGCGGAGCGGAGUCUGCUCUAUGGCCGCAACAGCAAGAUCGUCAAUUAUCGCACUCAGAUAUCGCCGCUCAUACAGGAGCUGGAGCACAUUGCGGAGCAUGACCUGCCCAUUCUGUGGAUCGGGGAGCGGAAGUAUCGUGGCACAGACAUUCGCAUCUUGGAGAUGGAGCUGGAGUACAUUACGCCGGAGCCGCAGUUGUCGCUGAUCGACGUGGCCCAUGGCAUUUUGGGGCAUCCCAAGAAGCUCUACAACACCCUCCUGGAGCUCGAUUGGCCCUCCGUGCGCUACUCCAACUUCUCGCAGAAGCACGAUCCAUAUCACAUCGUGAGGCAGCCCCAUUUGGACAUACCGAAGAUCGACGCCAUGAAGAUGCGCAAAAUGUCCAAGCACUACGAGCACUUCUACAAAAUCCACGGCCUGUACGAGUCCUGCCACCAACAGAUAAUCUUCAAGUGGCUGCGGCGCGAGAGAAUCAUCAAGUUCUAUCGCUCUGGGGGUCUGCUCACGAACAUUGUCUCGCGCUGCGAGAAGGAGCUGGCCACCACUUCGCAUGGCCCCAGAGUCGAUCAGAUUAUCGCCAAUUACUUCAAGGUGAAGAGCCGCCUGCGCAAGGAGGCCACCGGCUAUGGAGAUGAUGCCGCCAGCCUGGCUUCCUCCCGCGUCGGCACUGCUUCGCCCAAAAAGCCGAAACAAUCCGAGGAUAUGCAUUUCGAGAAUUAACCCGAUCGGGGUUCUCCUUUUGAGUUUAGUUUCAAAUUAUUUGUCGAUCACAAAACUAUUAAAAAUGUAAAAAUGGUUACCUGGGAAUAGUUUGACGCGU